AUGAAGGAAACGGUUGUUGAUGUUGCACCAAAAUGUAUCAAAGGUAUUGAGUUUGGUGCUCUUUCAGAAAAAGACAUCGUGGCACAAUCUGAAGUUGAAGUUUCCACAAGAGAUUUAUUUGAUUUAGAAGAAGGUAGAAAACCUAAAAAAAAUGGUGCUUUAGAUUCUCAUAUGGGUAUUUCUUCAAAUUCUUCAGAAUGUUCUGUUUGUAAAGGUAAUCUUGCAACUUGUCAUGGUCAUUUUGGUCAUCUAAAAUUACCUUUACCUGUGUUCCACGUUGGUUAUUUCAAAGCUACUAUUCAAGUUUUACAAUCUAUUUGUAAAUCAUGUGGUUCAAUGUUAUUAGAUGAAGAAGCUAAAAGACAAUUUAGAUUGGAGUUAAGAAGGCCAGGUAUUGAUAAUUUGAGAAGAAUGGGUAUAUUAAAGAAAAUCUUGGAUCAAUGUAAAAAGCAAAGACGUUGUUUAGAUUGUGGUGCUGUUAAUGGUGUUGUUAAAAAAGCAGCAGCAGGUUCUGGUACUGCAUCUUUAAAAAUUGUUCAUGAUACUUUUAGAUGGAUCGGUAAAAAACCUACAAUAGAAAAAGGUGAAUGGGAUAAAGAUAUAGAAACUGCAGUUCAUAACAAUCCUGAUAUUGAAAGAUUUGCUAAAAGAUGUAUGGAUGAUUUAAACCCUUUGAAAGUUUUAAAUUUAUUUAAACAAGUUAAACCUGAAGAUUGUGAAUUGAUGGGUAUUGAUUCAGGUAGAGGUGGUAGACCUGAAACUUAUAUUUGGAGAUACUUACCUGCACCACCUGUUUGUAUACGUCCAUCUGUUAUGAUGAGUGAUUCCCCAACUUCAAAUGAAGAUGAUUUAACUGUCAAAUUAACUGAAAUUGUCUGGACAAGUUCUUUAAUUAGAGCUGGUAUAGAGAAGGGUAUUUCAAUUAAUAAUUUGAUGGAGCAAUGGGAUUAUUUACAAUUAUCUGUUGCUAUGUAUAUUAAUUCAGAUGCUGCUUCACCUGCAAUGUUACCAGGUGCAAGUGCAGCUGCUAAAUCUGCAAAACCUAUUCGUGGGUUAUGUCAAAGAUUAAAAGGUAAACAAGGUCGUUUUAGAGGUAAUUUGUCAGGUAAACGUGUUGAUUUCUCAGGUCGUACUGUUAUUUCUCCAGAUCCAAAUUUGAGAAUUGAUGAAGUUGCUGUUCCUGAUAGAGUUGCAAAAGUUUUAACUUAUCCAGAAACUUGUACAAGAUAUAAUAAAGAAAAAUUACAAAGAUUAAUCUUGAAUGGUCCAACUGAACACCCAGGUGCUAAUUAUUUAUUGAAGAAAAAUGAAGAUGCUCGUCGUAAUUUAAGAUAUGGUGAUCGUAAUAAAUUGGCCAAAAAUCUUCAAUAUGGUGAUGUUGUUGAAAGACAUUUAGAAGAUGGUGACGUUGUUUUAUUCAAUAGACAACCUUCAUUACAUAGAUUAUCAAUUUUAUCACAUUAUGCUAAAAUCAGACCUUGGAGAACUUUCAGAUUAAAUGAAUGUGUUUGUACACCAUAUAAUGCUGAUUUUGAUGGUGAUGAAAUGAAUUUACAUGUUCCACAAACUGAGGAAGCAAGAGCUGAAGCCAUCAACUUAAUGGGUGUUAAGAAUAAUUUAUUAACUCCAAAGUCUGGUGAACCAAUUAUUGCUGCAACUCAAGAUUUCAUUACUGGUUCAUAUUUAAUUUCUCAUAAAGAUUCUUUCUUUGAUCGUGCUACAUUUACACAAUUAUUAUCAAUGAUGUCUGAUGGUGAUUUACAAUUUGAUUUACCACCACCAGCGAUUCAUAAACCUGUUUAUAUGUGGACUGGUAAACAAGUUUUCAGUUUAUUAAUUAAACCAAAUAAAAAAUCACCUGUUGUUAUCAAUUUAGACGCUAAAAAUAAAGCUUUUACACCACCUGCAAAAGGUUUACCAAUGGAAAUGUCACCAAAUGAUGGGUUUGUUAUUAUUAGAGGGUCUCAAAUUUUAAGUGGUGUUAUGGAUAAAUCUACAUUAGGGGAUGGUAAAAAACAUUCUGUUUUCUACACAAUUUUAAGAGAUUAUGGUCCUAAAGAAGCUGCUACUGCUAUGAAUAGAAUGGCUAAACUUUGUGCUAGAUUUUUGGGUAAUAGAGGUUUCUCAAUUGGUAUUAGUGAUGUUACUCCAGGUGUUGCUUUGAAAAAUACCAAGGAAGAAAUGGUUGAAGCUGCUUAUGCUAAGUGUGAUGAAUUAAUUAAAUUAUACUCUGAAGGUAAAUUAGAAACUCAACCUGGUUGUAAUGAAGAACAAACUUUAGAAGCUAAAAUUGGUGGUUUGUUAUCAAAAGUUAGAGAAGAAGUUGGUGAAGUUUGUAUUAAUGAAUUGGACUCCUCUAAUGCUCCAUUGAUCAUGGCUACUUGUGGCUCUAAAGGUUCUACAUUAAAUGUGUCACAAAUGGUUGCUGUCGUCGGUCAACAAAUUAUUUCAGGUAAUCGUGUUCCUGAUGGGUUCCAAGAUCGUUCUUUACCUCAUUUCCCAAAGAAUUCUAAAACUCCACAAUCUAAAGGUUUCGUUAGAAAUUCUUUCUUUUCAGGUUUAAGUCCUCCAGAAUUCUUGUUCCACGCCAUUUCAGGUCGUGAAGGUUUAGUCGAUACUGCUGUUAAAACUGCUGAAACUGGUUAUAUGUCACGUAGAUUGAUGAAAUCAUUAGAAGAUUUAAGCUGUCAAUAUGAUAAUACUGUUAGAACUUCAAGUAAUGGUAUUGUUCAAUUUACUUAUGGUGGGGAUGGUCUUGAUCCUUUUGAUAUGGAAGGUGAUGCUAAACCUGUCAAUUUCAAUAGAACUUGGGAUCAUUCCUAUAAUGUUACAUUAGAUGUCAAUGAACGUUCAUUAUUACCAUAUGAAGUUAUUGAAGUUGUUGAAGAAGUUUUACAACCAUUGGAAAAGAAACUUAUUAGAUAUGAUAACUUGGGUAACCAAUUGGAAGGUAAAGAUGCUGAAAAAAUUGAGUUUAUUGAUCAAAAUGAUGCUAAAAGAGGGUUCUACAAUUCCAUUCGUGAAUUCUUUGCUAGUAAAGCUGCUAGACUUGCAAGAGUUAGAGAACAAAAGAAAUUACAUGGAUAUCUUGAAAAACCUGCAGAUGAAUCAGCACAAAUGGAUCUAGAUGAAGGUUCAAGUGAAGCUGCGUUAACUGCAGUUAAUCAAUUGGCCAAAAUUACAAAGAAAUGUGUUAAGAAGUUCUUGGAUAUUACAUUAAUCAAAUAUAGUCGUGCUCAGGUUGAACCUGGUACAGCUGUUGGUGCCAUCGCUGCUCAUUCUAUUGGUGAACCUGGUACACAAAUGACCUUGAAAACUUUCCAUUUUGCUGGUGUUGCUUCUAUGAAUGUUACAUUAGGUGUUCCUCGUAUUAAGGAAAUUAUUAACGCUUCCAAAGUUAUUUCAACUCCUAUUAUUAAUGCUGUUUUGGUUAAUGAUGACGAUGAAAGAGCUGCAAGAGUUGUUAAAGGUAGAGUUGAAAAGACAUUAUUAUCAGAUAUUGUUUACUAUAUCCAGGAUGUUUAUAAGGAUGAUAUGUCUUAUAUCCAAGUUAAAGUUGAUUUGAAGACAAUUGAAAAAUUACAAUUAGAAUUGACAAUGGAUGAUAUUGCUGUUGCAAUAUCAAGAGCUCCAAAAUUGAAAAUUCCAGGUGGUGAUGUUUCAGUUGUUGGUAGAAAUAAAAUUAAUAUCAAUGUUUUCCCAGAAGGUGCCAGGGCCAAAUCAGUUAGUACAUCAGCUAAAGAACCUCUUGAGAAUGAACUUUUCUUCAGAAUGCAACAUUUACGUCGUGCUUUACCAGGUGUUACUGUUAAAGGUUUCCCAGAUAUUGCAAGAGCCGUUAUUAAUGUUCGUGAUGAUGGUAAAAAGGAAUUAUUGGUUGAAGGUUAUGGCUUACGUGAUGUUAUGUGUACAGACGGUGUUAUUGGUACUAAAACAAAAACUAAUCAUAUUCUUGAAGUUUGGCAAGUGUUGGGUAUUGAAGCUGCAAGAGGUAGUAUCAUUAAUGAAAUUGAUUAUACCAUGUCUAAUCACGGUAUGAGUGUCGAUCCUCGUCAUAUUCAAUUGUUAGGUGAUGUUAUGUCUUAUAAGGGUGAAGUUUUAGGUAUUACAAGAUUCGGUUUAAGUAAAAUGAGAGAUUCUGUCUUACAAUUGGCUUCUUUCGAAAAGACAACAGAUCAUUUAUUCGAUGCUUCAUUCUAUAUGAAAUCAGAUGCAGUUGAAGGUGUUUCUGAAUGUAUUAUUUUGGGUCAAACUAUGGCCAUUGGUACUGGUGCUUUCAAACUUGUUAAACAAACCCCUAUUGAAGACAGUGAAUUGAAACAAAAAGAUACCUUAUUUGAAGACUUAUGUGAAAGUACUCAAAUUUCUGUUUGA